AUGAAGAAAAAAAGACGAGUUUUAGGUGAAAAUAAUGAGAAUAUAAUUAUAGAGAAUAUAGAAAAGUUGCCUUCUUUAGGCAAAGUUCCAGAACAUGAAGGAGCCAUACUUAUGAGUACUGAAAUUUCUAAAAGUCUUAAACGGGCCUCCUCCCAAAUAAGUGAUGAGCUUGUUAUCUCAUCUCUACUUAGUAAUAAGAAAUUCACUUUGACAAUAGUUAAAAUAAGUGGGAGAUCUAAGACAAAGAAUGAGAUUAAUACCCAUGGCUUUAUUGUAGUUCAUAUUUUGUCGUGUAAAGCUAAUUCUCUUGUCUAUAGAUUAGACAACAAGUAUGAAUUUCGUAUGUCAAAUGGUAGUUAUGUCCAUAUUCCGCCAAAUCAUAGCUUCUCAUUUGAGAAUAUAUCGAAUGAAUCUGCAAAGGCAUCUUUUGUCAUAUUUCCUAAAAGAAUGAAACAAAUCGAAAAUGAACCUGCUUUUCAAAUUGCUUAA